AUGGCCGAGAACUUGGACCACCUGGAGGAGCAUCUGGAGAAGUUCGUGGAGAACAUCCGGCAGCUCGGCAUCAUCGCCAGCGACUUCCAGCCCAGCAGCCAGGCCGGGCUCAACCAGAAACUGAAUUUGAUCGUGACCGGCUUAUAGGAUAUUGAUAAGUGCAGACAGCAGCUUCCAGACAUUACUGUACCUUUAGAAGUUUUCGAAUAUAUAGAUCAAGGUCGAAACCCACAACUCUACACCAAAGAGUGCCUGGAAAGAGCUCUGGCAAAAAAUGAACAAGUUAAAGAGAAGAUUGAUACGAUGAAGAAAUUUAAAAGCCUGUUGACUCAAGAGCUUUCUAAAGUCUUUCCAGAAGACAUGGCUAAGUACCGAAGCAUCCGAGGGGAGGGCCAUCCCCCAUCGUAACUUCCUCUUCGAACAUCCAGUCCUGUGUGAAUCACCGUAACCUUCAGGCAGCUUGUGACUGAGUGGCCCCAGAGACAGGAGACCUAGAGGAUUUUGUAGAGCUGUGCUGCCAGCAGCCCCCUCUUUGCAGAGGGCUGGUGAGCACACAUUUUUGAGGACGAUGCAUUUGAUCCUGUAUGGCAGAAUUAUCUUGGA